CAACUUCCAUCAGUUCCAAUUCUUAUUUUCAAGUGAUAGUCAAUAUUGCAUCCUUCAGCCUUUGUUAAAAAUGGUUCGCCUGACUAUUGUUAUCCUGUUAGCAACUAUUGCUAUUGCAACAGCUCGGAGUGUAGAGAAAGAAACACAACCAUUGUCUGUCAAAAUUUCUACUGUUGAGGAUAUCAAUUUAUUUCGCGCCCAGAAUCCAACCGAAGUUCUCACACCUCUAAAACGUGUCGAUACCAAGAAUAUAAUUUAUUACACUGUUGGGAAUCGAGUCUCCGGGGAUGCACUAGUUGCAACUGCGUCCGACAGCCAACAAUGGUCAUCAGCCCAAAACGUCCAACUUCUCCUUCAAUAUCCGCGUAGUGGACAGGGAGCAGUCGUUACCUAUGCAAUAGUUACUGUUGACCAAAGUUCUAGCUUAGGAGAAGCGUACAUAGUAAGUGGAGGAGUCGGCAAAAGGAAUAUAGCCAUCGUUGUGGAGGCCAGGAGUACCACAUACUUCCGUUACGCUGCACAAGUCUACGGUUUGUGAAUAUAAGCAAGAAGUGAGCAUUAAGUCGUUAUAUUCGAAUGUAUUAUAAUUGUAGAGGAAAGUGAAUAAAUGUCGCAUUAAAAAGUAAAA